GGGUGAAGUCGAGGAGCCCGGCCGGCGGGAACACACCAAGCUUUUUAAAAAGGAUAUAAGCUCUUGCUAGCAAAACACGGUCAACAGUACAAGCGACCUACUCAUGGCCGCUCAGCUCCUCUAUGGUACUCUCUGACUACCCCCUAGUGCACCACUUCGAGCUGUCCCCUGCGGUUCUGACACACGUGCAAACAAGGCGGCAUUACUUUGUCGGACCCAUCCCUACGGUGUCUGUCGACCACGUCUCCUCGAGAACGGUUUGAGCAGGAAGAAAUCGUAAGCGGACUUGCCGUACCAACCGCAGGUGCGGGCUUAUCGGAGCCGACGGCUGCGUUACGUGCAAUACGCAAGAUUUGGUGAAGACCAUGCCGGAUCGCUCAGGGUGAUGUAACGUGAUCGGCACCUGCUGCGCUGAGUUCCUGUGCAGAGAUCGGAAGAUAGGGAGGUCGCGCUCCCCACCACACAACCGCAGUGUAGUAUUCAAUGGCAGAGCAGAUUGGCUGUUGUCAGUGCACAAACACAAGCAGAAAACAACCUCCUUAGUGUUUCGGAAUGUCGCGUUUCGUGCUGGGGUGCCAGUGCGGAGUUGCACCUUUGUGAAGAAAUGGAGCUCCAGAGUGCGACGUGCCAGGGUAGAUCAGCGGCGUUGCCCGACCCACGAUCUCUCGCGGUAUUCCGCGUUCUCUGCUUUCACCACUCAUCUGACGACCCACUUCGGCAAGCUCCAACUUCUCCUGCUAUCAUCUCUUCAGACGUGGUAUACUCGCCGUCUUUUUUGAGAAGACCGGAAGCGGAACUCUGUUCGCCCUCCUUCUUUUCCGUCUAGUUGCUCGGCUCCGCCCACAGCGCUCGUUGCCUUGCGUGCUUCGUGCGCGAGAAUCCUCUGCUGACUUUAUUGUGCGUUUUUCUUCUGAUGAUUCAUGCUAAAUAUCGGCUACAGAGUUUAGCAGCUGCUACAUUGUGGAUGUAUCCGCGGAGUCAGACGGAAAGACAAAUGAGGUAAUUCCUCAGCAGGCGCUAUUGCGCUGUAGCAGUGGUAAGACUUAACAAGCGAGACAACGGAAGCGGCGACGGUACCGGCCAACACGUGUACGCAAACGUGCAGAAUUGCGUCGCCACAGGUGCGCUGCUGUGAGGCCUUUCAUUUUCUUCUCUGCGGGAACGUUGUUUGCACACAGGGACGCGGUGCCUUUUGCUCUCUGUUACUCUACGGGUAGAGGAGACAAGGCAUUUCUCGUCAUCUACUUUGACCUCUUCUGAUUCUCUCAGAUCGACGACCCGUGCAUUACACAUUUCUUCCAGUAGACGAGUUCACCUCUGAGAACUAUAAGCAAACAUACGCGAUUGCACGCACAGUUUUCCUCACACAAAUUCAAAGCCUCUCUUCACGAAGAUGUCGCUUCAGGGUUACAUUCAGGACUUUAAUGCGUCGCUCGCCUGCGAUUCAACUGGUGACGCUCGCACAGCGCUCGAGCGUCUGCAAAUGUACAACUUUGUUCAGAUAACGAGUUUCAUGCCUCCAGAGCUCAUCACGCGCUGUAUUUGCACACUGAGUGCCAUGAGUCCGCAGAUGAGACUGAACGCGGAGACGCUGGUGAACUACCCUGAAGCUGGAAAGACUUGCGGUAGAGUGGUGGGAAGAGAAAACCAUCUGGCCUACGGAAUCGAAGCGUUGGGGACAAGUGAGACACUUCCUCGACUUAAACUCUCGCUGUGGUGGGCGGAGCGGUGCGGACUGCCGCUGAGUCUUACCGUAGACAACGCAGACAACGACAUGCUGAAGCUUCUCCCGAAUAGUAUGAGGGACCGAGUGGAGGAGCUGAACGUCUACACCUCUUCAGGAGCUGUGUAUGCGCCAAACCGCACACCAGAGAGCGACGGUCAGCGCGGGACCUUUCUCAGUUCACUUUUGACGUUUCCAAACAUAACGAAGUUGUCAAUUUUGUGCCGGGAAGGGUGUGAAACCUCUCGUGAUGUAGCUGACGUGAAUCGCGCGCUACGUGUUGCGGCUCAGAUGACGAUCAGCGAGAUACAAGUUACAGGUUUUAAGCAACUGAGCGACUUCUCCGCGCUGGAGGGAUCGCAGCACCUUCGACACCUGAAAGCCACCCGUUGUGGAAUACGGUCGGUGGCAGAGUUGGUGAGCUGUCCGAUGCUCACCGAUCUCGACGUCUCCAACAAUCGACAUCUGCAGAGUGUUUCCGAUCUCGCAGGCGCACCUCGUCUCACAAUUCUCGUCGCAAAGAAUUGCAAUUUACAAAACCUAGAUGGUCUUGACAGCUUUCCCAACCUCCUCAAACUUGACGUGUCAGGCAACGACUCUGUAGAAAGUCUUCACGGCCUUGCUGGCGCGGAGAGUCUCGAGGAACUUGCAGUCAACCACUGCAAGCGACUGUGCAAUGUUGACGGUCUCAACAGCUGCCAACAACUCGGCGAGGUCGACGUCUCCUACAACGAGAUCUUGGAAGACGUGAGCGGCCUUGCUGGUGCACCAUCCCUUCGGAUUCUCAAUGCGAAGGGGUGUCGGCUGCGCAAUGUCGCUGGGCUCAACGGGUGCCCACUACUCAGCGAGAUCUAUAUCUCCGACAAUGUCUCUUUGGAAGACCUGAGCGGCCUUGGUGGGGCACCUUCCCUUCGCGUUAUCAAAGCGAGCGAGUGUGUGAUAAGCUGCAUAGAUGGCCUUAACAGGUGCCCACUACUCAGCGAGAUCGAUAUCUCCCUCAACGACGUCUUGAAAAACCUGAGCGGCCUUGCUGGUGCACCAGCACUUCGGAUCAUCAAAGCGAGUGAAUGUGGUCUGCGCAGCGUAGGUGAUCUCUACCGCUGCCCACGACUCGCUGAGCUCGAUGUGAGUCUGAACAGGCACCUAGUGAAUGUGGAUGACCUUGCUCUAUCCCCCAGUUUAAGGCGUUUAACACUAUAUGGUACAAACUGUACGCGCGCUCGUUUUCUGAAUUCCUCCAUCGUGCUCCAGUGA